AGAAGAAGAAGAAGAAAACGGAAGCUAAGUCCAGGAAAUAUGGAGAAUCCGGAGUUAUCUUUCACUUUGGCUUAUACCGUGUUUGCUGUUUGUCUCAUCUUUACACCGAACGAAUUCCGCGCAGCAGGUUUAACCAUCCAAAAUGCGUUUUCGAACUGGCUGGGCAGUGAGGAUAUUGACUUCAUCGGGCAUCAUUUGAGGAGGACCAGCCUCACUGUAUUGAUCCACAGUUCUCUUCCUCUAGGUUACUUCAUGGGAAUGUGUGUUGCUGCCCCAGAAAAGAACCUGAUAUAUGUUCACCAGAUUAGUGCCAGCUGGAGAGUUUUUCUCUUUCUCUCUGUGAGCCUUCAAUUGACCAGCUGGCUGCUUGUCAUUUACUGGUACUGCUGUCAUUGGCACAACCAUCCCAUCAGCAGGACACUUAAAGCUCAUGCACAACUUCCUUAUUCCACCUCUGGCCAUGUGGCAGCCAGCAUCAACAGAGAGUUCAGACGAAUAGACAAAGUUGUGACAGGAGUGCCUGGAGCCCGAGUUAUUGUUACAGAUAGCUGGAUACUGAAGGUGACCACAUAUCACAUUGACAUGGCCUUACAAAGUGAUUGUCAUGUGACCGUGACAGAUUCCAGGCAGCAUCAGCUGAGCCCAGAUUCACCUUCCCCCAUAGAGAUCCUGAGCUUGAGGGUGGAGAGCAUUAACCCUACAGUCAGACCAUUCAAUAUUAGUCUUAACUCAACAGAUUAUACUGAUUUGAGGGUAAAGCUCCGAGCUCCCAUCAGAACUUCUCCCAAUGUUGUGAUCCACCAAACAAUGAGUGAACUCUUUCUGGAAACCUUCAGAGCUCAGGUGGAGCUCAAUCAACGAUACACACUCCCCAGUGGACAGGAAGUGGAACCCUGUAUCGGCUGCAUGCAAGUUCCAGCAAGUACCAAGUUGGUUAGACUCUGCCAAACAGCAGGAAUAGACAAUGAAUCAGAGUGCCAGCAGUGUUUCUGCAGACCCAUGUGGUGCCUCUUUUGUUUGGGUCGAUGGUUUGCCAGUCGCCAGGACCAACAAAGACCUCAGACUUGGUUAUCCAGCAAGGUUCCCUGCCCUACAUGCAGAGCCAAAUUCUGCAUACUAGAUGUUUGUAUGGUCCACUGACCCACAAUAUUAAAAUGACAUAUUCUCAGAUAAACCCACAUCUGUGUCAAGCAAAGAAGCCACAUAGCAGCACCGAACGGGACACUGCCUUCAUUAUGUGGCCUUACUCAUGAACUACAAAUGUAUUCUACCGUCUCAAAUGAUCUACAACAUUCAGAUCACAUACCCUACAAAAUAAGAACCUUCAUAUCAUAUUUUUCACAUCAGGUAAUUACUGUUUUGGGCUUUAUAUGACUGGUUUCUAACCUGUCAUAUAAACAGUCAUAUAUAUAUA